AUGGAUAUGACGGCCAACGAGCAGGCGGCCUGGUAUGGCCAUCUCAAGACGCCAGUCAUCUUCAACAACCACAGGCCCAUCGAGGUCAAUGCCUCGUCCAUACAACAUGUCGACCUCAACCCCGUUCACUCGACACCCGAACCCGUUAAGAAUGGCGAGCGAGUUCUUAUCCUUACCCCGCUGAAGGAUGCCGCCCCAUACCUGUCCACCUACUUUCAACUUCUUUCCGAGUUGACCUAUCCUCAUCAUCUCAUCGACCUCGCCUUUUUGAUUUCCGAUUCGACUGACAAUACUGUUUCUGUUCUCGCUGAUGAGCUCGAUCGAGUCCAAAGCCGCGACGACCACCUCUCCUUCAACAGCGCAAUCAUUGUCAAGAAGGACUUUGACUUCCAUCUCAGCCAAAAUGUCGAAGAGAGGCACUCGUUCGAGGCUCAAGGUCCCCGAAGGAAGGCUAUGGGUCGUGCUAGGAACUACCUUCUCGCCACUGCUCUUAAGCCUGAACACUCAUGGGUCUUCUGGAGAGAUGUCGAUAUUGUCGAAAGCCCUAAGCGAAUCCUAGAGGACUUUAUGGAGCACGACAAGGACAUCAUCGUUCCGAACAUUUGGUUCCAUCGCUUCAACUCUGAAGGAAAGGACGUCGAGGGUCGCUUUGACUACAACUCGUGGGUUGAGUCUGAACAAGCUAUUGAGCUGCGUAGGACUCUUGACCCUGAUGUCGUCCUCGCAGAGGGCUACAAGCAGUUCAAGACUGGCCGACAGUAUAUGGCUAAGAUGGGUGACUGGAGGGAUGACCAGAGAAUGGAAAUUGAACUGGAUGGCGUUGGCGGUGUUAGCAUCCUCGUGAAGGCUGAUGUUCAUCGAUCUGGCAUCAACUUCCCCUGCUAUGCCUUCGAGAACCAAGCCGAGACGGAAGGUUUUGCAAAGAUGGCCAAGAGGGCUGGCUAUCAAGUGAUUGGUCUUCCCAACUAUGUCGUCUGGCAUAUCGAUACCGCCGAAAAGGGCGGCAAGGCGUAA